GGUGCAACCACAAUUGGAAUGACACUGAAUAGCGUAUUGAUUGGUUUACGUCACGAUCUCAAUUUGAAUUACUUUUAAAAAUGAGUCAGCCAUUCCUUGUGUAAAUAAUCAAUAUUUCUUUACUGACUUUAACUCAAAAAACAAUAAAUACAUGUUUCUUUAUGGGUAAACACAUGUCAGGGCAGAAAAAUCUCCCAACGAAAGAGAGGGAAAUCUCGGGCCAAUUAGAACACGGAUUGACUUCGGUCAGCCCAAUAGAAGCCAAUUAGAUUCUGCCGUGACCUUAAAGUUGUUCUUCUCAUGUCACUUUAUAUUUCUUCCCCAAAAAAGAAUUGUCUCUUUGUUUUCUGACGGAAGUUUCCCUCCUCCUCCUCUUCUUCGCUACGUUUCCGCCUGGAGUUCUCUCGAAAGUUGAACCCUCGAGAAACUCGUGGUUUCCUUCGCGAACAUAUUUUCCAUUUACAACCUUUCUUUAAACAAAUGAAUAUGAUGAUAUCAUAGAAAAACGAAACUCGAGAAAGAGAAGACAGAAAAAUCGGAAGAUCUAGUGCGAUGUCGUAUAGAGAGAAAAUGGGGACUGGAGAGGCAUUGACUGGCGUGGCGAAACAAGCGGAGCAACUGAGAUUAGCUGGAAACCUUUGCUUCUCAAAGGAUCGUUUCGGAGCUGCCAUCGAUGCCUACACUGAGGCGAUUACGCUAUGCCCUAAUGUGCCUGUAUAUUGGACGAAUCGUGCUCUUUGUCAUCUCAGGCGGAAGUAUAGAUUGGACCAAAGUUGAAAACGAUUGUCGGAAAGCUAUUCAACUUGACCACAAGUCUGUGAAGGGCCACUAUAUGUUGGGACUUGCAUUGAUAAAGAACAAAGAAUAUUCUGAAGGUGUCAGGGAAUUGCAAAAGGCAUUGGACCUUGGGAGAGGUGCAAACCCCAAGGGUUAUAUGGUUGAGGAUAUCUGGCAGGAGCUUGCAAAAGCAAAAUAUUUGGAGUGGGAGCAAGCAUCUAGCAAACGUUCAUGGGAAUUACAAAGCUUGAAGGAAGUUUGUGAGGCAGCUCUUGAAGAGAAGUGUGUUCUUGAUAUUUCUAGAGCAGCGAAAAUUUCAGAUGAUGUUGCUACUACUCAUUUGAGAUACAUGGAGGCUCUAAGACAAGUAUUUAGUAAAGCUGCAGAAGAUGACACCCCUACCGAGGUGCCUGACUAUCUAUCUUGUAAAAUCACACUUGAUAUUUUUCAUGAUCCUGUCAUUACUCCAAGUGGACUUACAUACGAGAGAGCAGUGAUCCUUGAGCAUCUUCAGAAGGUGGGCAACUUUGAUCCAAUCACUAGGGAACCACUGAAUCAAUACCAGCUAGUACCAAACUUAGCAAUAAAGGAAGCAGUCCAUGCAUUUUUAGAAAAGCAUGGUUGGGCAUACAAGACAAGUUGAAAUUUAGUUGCACAGAAGUACUCAAUGUUUGUUGACUAUUGGAGAAGAGUCCAAGCUUUUGUACUUCUGGUAUGAGUUCCCUGUUCUGUGUUCUGCAUGCAUGUAUAUUGUGGCCUCAAUGUGCAAUGUCAUAAUAUCAGGCAUAUGCAAUAUCAGAUGAUCCUUUGAAUUGUACAGAGAUGUUUCUAUACCAUUUAGUUCCUAGGUUAUGCUGUACAGAAUUUUAUUGAAUCAUAUGGUUAUAGUUGAGUAGCCAUGAAAAGAUUGUAUUUUCUUUCUAAUGGUUUCUAUGUAAAUUUCUUCUCUGGUUAUUUUCCA